GAAGUUCAAAGAUAAAUUUUAUGUUAUUUACAUUACAUUUCCAAACUUUUUUCAUUUUGAAGAUAACACACCUUGAUCAAAUACUUAAGUUAUUAGAAUCUUUAACUGCUAUACGUCAUAGAUAAGUUUCAUACCUGAUAAUGUAGGCUGUGUAAUGUGUACAGUAGCAUUUCGUCAUCCUUAGCAAUAGUUCGUCAUGCCUUUUUUCACGCAGCUGAUAUGAUAUUACAACCACAAGUAUGAGUUUUAUUGCUCAAGGCUGUACGAUUCAGUUUGUCAUCAUUACUGGCAGCGAGUAAACGCUCUAUAAAGAUCGAUUGAAAUUGAAAAGAAUAUUUUAGUGGAAUAACUUAAUUACCGGUUACCUUGACUUAAAUAAUAAAAAUAAAAAACGAAAAAAGCCACAAUGCUGAAAAGUGCCUCAAAAGUGACAAUAAAUACAGGAAAUGUGUUAAACCUUAUUGAUAUUAAGAAAAAAGCUGGACAAAAUGUGACCGAGGAGUUAUCAGAGAGCAUCAAACUAACGCUGUCCGAAUGGGGUAACAAAAACGGUUAUUCUAUUCAAAAUGGCACAGCACACGCGGAUUCCUCUCAGGCCUCAGAUUAUAUGGUUGUAUCCACAUCAACGACCACCAAAGAAGCGGUAGUUAACAUAACAAGGCCGCAUGAUGACGUACACAACAAAAUGGCGGAAGAGGAACGGAAGAAUCUUAAGAUUGGUGUCAAAAUAUUUAUAAAUGAAGACAGUACAACAGCGCUAAAGGAAUGCAUGGAAAAUGUAUUCACGGCCCUACAUACGGAACACAUAGAAAAUGUAAUAUUAGCUUACAAUCCGGACGUAUCGACCCGUGUCGAGAUAAGGGACGAGAACAACACCAAGAGUACAUUUACAAAAGCAUCCCCGGUUUCACUGGGUAGUAAUGUUGGACGCGUCUCUAGUACAGAAAUGGAGGCGGAUAGUGAAGCAGAUGCAAGAAAAUGCGAAGCUAUUCUCCCCGGUAUUAAAGUAUUAUGGGCGGUACUUGAAGAUUACGUGAAAGAGGGACGGGUACAGCAGCUCGGCGUAGCUGACGUCGGUGGUGGCUGUCUCCGGAAACUUCAUGGUUGGGCUCGCGUUAAACCGACGAUUGCACAAAUCAACCUCGCCUCAUGCUGCGUGGUCCCUCCAUCUCUGCACGCCUUCUGCAGGGCGAAUGAUGUCCAACUACUCACACACGCUGAUCCACCAGAUCUCCUAUCAUUAGCAGCAUUGAGAACACUCUCCGAUGCAGGCAUCGGUUGCAAUAACUUAGACUGGUGUGCGAGAUACCAAGUGCAUAUAAAAUGCAGAGGAGUCCUAGCCCUUAAAGGCUACGUGUGUAAAGCUACACUACAAAAUAAAAAUAAAUAAAAUUAAACCAACUUUAAAUUAUUAUAAAAAAUAUUUAUAUUUGUUGUAUGAAUAAAUUAUUGAAUUUCAAAGUGAUAUAUGUAUUAAAAACGUUUAUUUAACGAAAUUAAGAUGUUUUCGUAGUAUUGCCAUAUAUAAAAAAUGAAAGGAAAAUAGCAAAUAUUAAUAAUAAAUAUGAAUCAAUCUAAACUGGACUCUAAAUAAAAUUGGUUUUUGCAUUAAAAAUGUGUGACAGGAAUAAGUUACCUAAUUUUUAUGCGUUUCAUAAAAAUGUGUUAAACGAUAUGACAAAUGAUAUUUUUUUUUGUAAUGUUUUUGUCGGCUUUAAAGGUUGCCAGUGAGUAAAAACUGUUAAAAACAGUAUAUCUAUUUAUAUUUAUGUUAUUAUUUUGAAUCAACAAAAUCUGGAAAUACUUUUUAUUUUUAAUAUAUUUUGCUUUAUUAUUAAGAGUAGGAAAUAAUUAUUUCAUUACCAUUCUAUUAAACCCAUUCGACCGGUUUAAUAAAAUAGUAAUUCUCUAUUUAAUUAUAAUUACUUUAUUAUAAUUUGCACACACAUGAUGAUAAUUAUUAUAAAUGCAAACGGGACUUUUUUUAUCUGUGUUGUCUAAUUUAGUUUUAACAAUCAAUAACCACUUGUGCAAAAUGUUUUCGCGUCAAAGCGCGUUUACAAGUCAAUUAAAAAUACUAGCGCAAAUCGGAUGGAUAAUGUAAUUGUUUAAUUUAUAAAUUUGCACUCAAUUGUGAUUAUUAUUAACAUACACAUAAAGUCUAUUUCACUCUAAACAUACAGGUAGUAAUUGAAAAUAGUUGUUCAAAAGAGGUAUAAGAGAAACUCAAACAAUUGGACUAAAAAUUUCGACAAUUGAUGGCAAUGUUUCGAUGAAAAAAGCGUAUUCCAAUUAUGCAUUAAGAAAUAAAGAAUAAUAAACAACUCAGACAUUGAAUUGACAUUAUAUAAUUGGUCGAGAUCUUGUAUAGUCUAUGGCUGUGAUUCUCAACCAGUGUGCCGCGGCUCUUUUGUGUGCCGCCAAAUUUUAGACAAUUAUGUUAAUAUUAUUAAAUUAUAUGAUUUAAAAAGAAAAAUCCUUUUAACAGUAAUAUAUAUUUAAAUCCAUAAAAUUUGAUUGGGUUCGUAAUCUAUUUUUCGCAGUGUAAAGGUGAAUAAUUUUUAAACUUAUAUUUUUCUUUGUGUGCCGCCAAAUUUUGAAAUCCUUAAAAAAGUGUGCCGCAACAAAAAAAAGGUUAAGAAUCACUAGUCUAUGGUCUUCAUUAAGUUGUUGAGUGUAAUAGUGUUGUAUUAUAAAUAAAGAACUUUUUUUUACAGCAAAGCUAUUAGAAAAUCACAUGGAAUAUGUAGAUCUAAGGUUUGUUUAUAUCGACUCUGUUGGAUUUGAAUAAUCUAUAGUGUAUUAAAUUUAUUUACUUUUUAGCACAUGGAUAUAAUAAAAUUUAGUUUAUAUA